AUGAAAUCAUGUCCAACUUCAGCCGUCCUCGGUGCUUUGCUCUUUUUAAGCACUGGUACUCCCCUAUUUGAUCAUUUUCCCUACCGUAGCACGGUUGGUGCCGUUCAGUAUCUAACCAACAUUAGACCAGACAUAGCCUUCAUUGUCAACAAACUCAGCCAAUUCCUUAAAGCUCCUACCGAUGUACACUGGUCAACAGUUAAAUGUGUACUUCGAUAUCUAGCUAGCACUCUUGAUCAUGGGCUCACCAUCAAACCCGACUUCAAUUUCAACAUCACUGCCUACUCAGAUGCCGACUGGGCUUCUGGUCUUGAUGACAGGAAAUCGACUGUUGCUUACUAUAUAUAUCUUGGCUAUACUCUAAUUUCCUGGUCUUUCAAAAAGCAACUAACUAUGGCCAGAUCGAGCACCCAGUCAGAGUACAAGGCUCUUGCUCAUGCCGCUGUAGAAAUCACCUGGGUGCGCAAUUUGCUCUCUGAAAUUGGCUUCUCCUCGACCGGUGUUCCUGUACUUAGGUGUGACAACAUGGGCGCCGGAGCUUUAGCUGCCAAUCCAGUUUUUCACGUGCGAACAAAGCACAUCGAAAUCGAUGUGCACUUUGUUUGGGAUCUAGUUCUUCAGGGUCAGCUACAUGUCCGAUAUGUUCCUUCCAUUGAGCAAUUGAUCGACUGCCUACCAAGGCUCUUCCCCACGAACGGUUUUCUUAUCUUUGAGGCAAGCUCGGUCUAA